AGCGCAUAGUUCAGCAAAAAUGCUUGGUCCAAGUAACAAUCGCGAUAAUUUUGCUGAUAUAUCAACAAUGUCUGCUUCUGCUGGAGUUUCAAAUACAUAUCUUGUACGUCCGCGAUUGCCUUUAAGGAUUUAUUCGAAACCCAAAAUAUCAGGAAGUUAUACUCAUUACCCAGACUCUGCUGGUCUUUCACGUACAAAAAGGACUAAAAAUAGAAAAACGAAUGGAGUUCAAAAAAUUGAUUUAAACAAGAGAAAAAGUCCAGAUUAUAUAGAAGUAAUAUAUAGGGAAGCUGUUUCCAAAUUAAAAUAUUUGUUAGCUGAGACUUAUUUACCGGUGGAUGCGUCUGGGAAGCAACAAUGUGUUAAAAGCAAUUAUCAAUCUAAUAGAAUUACGAAAUCUGGGAAUGAUAUGGACAAUCAGAGUUUUAUAAGCGAAGGUUCAAGAAUCAAAGAUUUAAAUAAUGAUAAUGCCUGCUUACUAACAACUCCACGUCCACUUUCUUCAAAAAGUAUUCAUCCAUCAAAAGUUUAUAGUAAUUUGGCGCUUUCUAUAGCUGAAUUACAAUCAGUACCACCAGAAAUAACUUCAUAUAUCGAACAGCAAGAAGAAUACAUCGAACAAAUCGAACAAGAAUCUCAAUAUUGUAGAAAUGAAUUAACUAAUUUGCUUAGUAAAGUCAGAGAGGUCAUAGCUGAAAAUGAAGAAUUGCAUAAUAAAACUAAAACUGGAUUUUUGAAAUAUGCACUCGAUGAACAUGAAAAUCGUCCUGAAAAUGAUUGCAUUUCUAACGAGCAUAGCCUUGCAUAUACAAGUAGUAUUGAUUCUAAAAUGAAUAAAUCUUCGAAAAUGUUAGAAGGGCCUAAUAUAAUAUUUGAAUCUAGAAUUAGCGAGUUAGAGGCACAAUUGACUCAGGCUAAGCUUGAAUUACGAAAAGUUCAAGAAGAAAAUCAACUUAAUAUAAAGAAAUUAUCUGAGAAUUCUUUUAGUAAUGGUAAUGUAAAUGUAACAGCACAAUUAAAUCAAGCUUUAAGAGCUAAAUAUGAUGCCGAAAUGAAGGUUGAAGAACUACAGAAAACUUUAUCUAUAAUGCGAGAUAAGGAAAUGGAAUCUACUCAAAAGGCAAAGCGUUCAAUGGAGAUAGCGCAACAAAUGGAAUUUGAAAAGAAUCAAGCCGAAACAGAAGUUAGAAGAUUGAAAGAUGAAUUGGAUAGACAACAUGAGAAACUCAGAGAAGCUGCUCACGAAGCAAGCAGACGUAUUACCGAAGAAAGGCAACAAGUAGAACGCAGAUACAGUCAACAAGUUGAACAACUUUCUGCUGAUAUAGCAUCACAGUGGAAUGCUGCUAAUAAGUCACAAUUAGAAUCUGAAAAGCAACAAAGAGAGUUGCUGGAUUUGAAAAGAGAAUUGUCACAAAAACAAACGAUUAUAGACAACCUGAAAAAGGAUUUGCAGAAUAGAAUAUCAAGUUUACAGAGCGAUCUUAAUCAAGCUUUGACUGAAAAAGAUAUGGCUGAACAAGAAGUAAUAGCUGCUAAAUUAGCGGGGGAAAGAAAUGAUAGACAGACCAAGCAGGAGCAAAGUAGAUUGCAAACAGAAAUAAAUGCAUACAAACAACGUAUGGAAAGAGCGGAUGCAGAUUUAGUUCAUUGUAGACGUGAAAAUUUGCGACUUUUAGAGCAAAUAGCUUUGUUGGAGAAAGAGAUCAGUAUAAAUAAAAUGAUGUAUUCAGAAAAUUCUCAAAGAAAAGAUAUAUCUAGUCAGGAAAAUAAAAAAGAGAUGUCUACAGCAAAAAUGGACACGGAUACAAAACAUGUUGCUACAGUGGGUGAUCUAGAGGAUGCCUUGAAUAAACAAGCUAAACUAGUCUCUCAACUGACUACCGAAUGCCAAUCUCUCACACAACGUUUGGAAGUUAACAACAUUAAGCACAAGGAAGAAAUGGCUAACUUACAAAGUAACAUAGAAUAUUUAUCAAAUAAGAUAAAGGAUACCUUUCAUAAUCAAAAAGCACUAUAUAAUAUUAAUGCAUCUUAUAACUCACCGGAUCAAUUAAACGAGACGAAAAUAAUGAAUCAAAAUGGGGAUACAAUUCCUCAUAUUUCACAAAAUACAGAUUAUGAAAUUAAUCAAAUGCAAAAUGAAAUGGGUAAUAAUGAAAGAGAUAUUUAUCCAAAAAAAUCGCAAAAAAAAGAUGAAUUGGAAGAAAGAUACGAUCAUUCUAAUCAGCAUGAAUAUGCUUUAGGAAAUUAUACCAAUAAUAGUAUGUAUAAUGUUGAAGAUCAGACAAUGGAAGAAAAAAAUGAAGAGCAAGAAAAACAUUUGAUAGAUGAUCAAAAUGUCGAUGCUAAUGUAUUAGAAUCUCCUUAUGAUCAAUAUGGAGAAUAUGAUGAGUCACAAUAUGAAGAACAGGAACAUAAGGAUGAUGAUCGGUAUAAAGAACAGGAUGACACACAUGAUAUGACACAAUAUUCUGAACAAGAAUAUCAAGAAACUCCAACUACAGUUAUACCUAGCAACGAGUAUACGCAAUGAUUUGUAUUUUUUUCAUAGCAUUAAUAUAUUUAUUGUAUUAUUAGACGUGCAAAAAUAUUACGAGAGACGUAAUAAAAUUAGUAUUAAACUUGA